AUGGUAUACUUGCAGAGAGACAAUUUGAUUGCUAACUUAGGACCUUCUCUGAUGCUCGCUGAGUCUGCUAUGUUGCUAGACAGUGCUCGUAUGAGCGUUGAUACGGGAAUUGUGCUUUUGGGGUCUGCGGAUCCUAUUGUUGAACAUGAAAAUAUGGACACAGACGAAACUCGUUCUUGGGGAAUUGACACUUCUGUAGUUGAUACCUGGCUCAGUUUACAGCUAGAUGUUGACGACGAGAUUUUCGACGAGGUUAUUUUGAGUGAAAAUUAUCCGAAACGAGAGCCGGAGCAGGAAGAGCCAAGAAAGGAGGAUCGGAAUCUCAGAGAAUUUGUAGACAACGAUCAAUUCGUUGAAAAUGGAAACGUCCAUAAACUUGUUCAAAAUGAAAACGUUCAGGAAUUCGUUCAAAAUGGAGAAAACCAGGAGUUCGUUCAAAAUGGAAACGUGCAGUUUUUCUUAGAGACAGAAGCGGUUUCCACCUUUUUUUCAGAAACAGAAGCCGUUUCCACUUUUUUCUCAGAAGAAGCUGAAGCAAUUUCUCCGCUAUUAACCCAGAGAGCAGCCGAAAUUUCAAUAAACCAGCUUCUUAAUGAGCCGCUGUAUGUGUAUGGGGAAGGCAUUGAUACGAAAAAUUUGUCGGACGGAAACCAAAUUGAAGAAAAGACAAAUGCUUUUCAAAUUGAAGAACAAAAAACGAAUGAUUUUCAAUGUUGCUCACACGAGAACAAUGUUCAGAAUUAUAGUGUAUUGCCCACUGGAACAGAACUCGCAAUCGAGUCCAUCAACCUUCCGUUCGCAGGAAUGUAUGAUUACGCCGACUGUGCCCUCGAAUUCAAAGCUUUUCCUGCUCCAGCGUGUAUCAAGAAACGAGCCAAGGGAAGCAAGAACACUGCUCCGCCAGAGUUUGAGAUUGAGUACCAGUCGGAGUUGAUUCCCACGGUUGUGGUUCCGUGUCCAGAGUUGAUCAAUACUGCUCGAAAUGAUAUCACUGCUCAACAGAUGGACGAGAACAGAAACAAAACCGUCAAGAUAUACAAUGAGGAGCUCCAGUCGAUUUGUAAAAUCAACCGAAAUUGUUAUCUUCGGUUGUCGCUCACGUCUUUGCAACCGUACCACAAUAUCAAGUACGAGAAGAACCCCAAUUUUCACAUUAGUCGUCCGUACGAGCCUCAGUUUGUGCGCUAUGAAAUGGAUGAAUCGAAUGGUCUUCCAUACAAUCCCACCCGAUGCGGGCUCUGUCCGUACUGUGAAAAAAUCACUUUUCUCAAUCUCAAGACUUCGUCGUAUGCUCAGCAUCUAGCCUUGACCCACGGGAUCUAUACCGACAACUUUCUUACGCCGAACCCUUACGAUUUCGGAGAAUACAGGCUUGUCAAGUCUGGCUCAGAUCGUAUAACCACGGCUCACGAAAACAACAGGUUGGGAGUCGUAUGUCCAUGCUGUAACCAAGUUAUUGGUACUCACUGUUCACAGACAACAGCCAAGGACCGACCAUUGAACAACUUCUUGAGGCACUUUCGAGACUUCCACAGAAAGAGAGGGAAGUCUAUUCUGAAAGCUGAACAGUAUGAGUUCUUCAAUAGGAUGGAGCGACCCAACAACUAUGUCUAUGGCUGA